UCAUCUGCAAGACUCACAAUGGCCAGGCCCGUUGCUUUCCUAAUGGUCUUGGUGGUGAUAAGCUACUGGCCAACCUUCUGUCUAGGAUGUGACCUGCCUCAGACUCAUAACCUCAGGAACAAGAGAGCCUUGACACUCCUGGCACAAAUGAGGAGAAUCUCCCCUCUGUUUUGCCUAAAGGACAGAAAAGACUUUGCAUUCCCCCAGGAGAAGGUGGAUGCUCAGCAGAUGCAGAAGGUUCAAGCCAUCCAUGUCCUGAGUGAGUUGACCCAGCAAGUCCUGAACAUCUUCACAUCAAAGGACUCAUCUGCUGCUUGGAAUGCAACCCUCCUAGACUCAUUCUGCAAUGACAUUCACCAACAGGUCAAUGACUUCAAAGCCUGUCUAAUGCAGCAGGUAGGGGUGCAGGAACCUCUCCUGACCCAGGAAGAUUCCCUGCUGGCUGUGAGGAAAUACUUCCACAGGAUCACUGUGUACCUGAGAGAAAAGGAACACAGCCCUUGUGCCUGGGAGGUGGUCAGAGCAGAAGUCUGGAGAGCUCUGUCUUCCUCAGCCAAGUUGCUGGCAAGACUGAGUGAGAAGGAGUGAGUCCUGAGACAAAGUGGAGAGGACUCUCUUGAAUGAGGACACUAUCUCUCUUAUAAGCUCUCCUUUAAAAACUCUCAUUUAUUUUUGAAUGAAUACAAUCAACCUGCCUAGAUG